UCAGACUGGACCCAAAGCUGGAUGUGUCUGAGGAGGACAAAAAACUGAAGAAGCCUCCAUCAAGCGUCAGGCCUGAACUGCAAACUGAAUCUUCAAAAGUCUCAUACAGGUUCAGGUGUCCUGGUCCAGGUGGGUUCCAGUGUACUUUAACUGGACUGGUGUUUGUUAUGGCUCAGGAGGCGGAGCUGCUUUACAGGACAGUCCAAUGGGAUGAGAGCCUCCUCCAAUCAGCUGGCAAGAUGGCUGCAGGGCCGCUGUUUGAUAUCCGGUGUCCUGAAGAUGCUGUCUGUGAGCUCCACCUCCCACACUCUGACACAAAGGAUGCUUUGCAUUUUGAAGGCCUGCUGUCUGUCGUCCACAUCACUGAUGAUGGAAUGAGCAUCUUGGAACCACUGGAGAUCACAGACACUCAUGUGGUUGUGAAGGUCCCUCACCUCUCUGCCUUUGGUCUGGUCUGGGAUAUCAUUAAAAGAUUUUUGAACAUCACGCUGCCAGUAAAUGGCCAAGUUCUGCUGUUCCUGCGACCUCCGACUAGGGGACCUCGGGUGCUCGAUGUAUUUCUGCUACAGGACAACAUACCUCUGCCAGAGGUUGAGGCCCAACAAGGAGAUGCGGAAAAUAUCAAGAUCUCUUCUGACUGUGUUCUGAGCACUGGUCAACACUACAGUGUCUGCUGUGAACCUGAGGGCUUAGCAAUACAGCCUGAGCGUGCAAUGUUUCGCUCAAAGUAUGGACCAAAUUUCUAUCCAACAUUUGAGGUUUUCCUGACUUCGAACCCAGAAAACAUGACAAUGGUUGUCCAAGACCAAGAGAGGACAGAAGUCUGGAAACGUGAUAUUUAUCUGGCAGGUCUAAGAAAGGAAACUGUACAGAGCAGCGUCCCAGCACAGGACAGCGUCCCAGCAGAGGACAACCUCCCAGCAGAGGACAGGCUGUUUUCAGUUCGGACACAGUUUAUUAAGAGUGUGUCUGAACCUAUUCUAGACCAGCUUCUGGAUAAACUUCUUGAGCUCGGUGUCGUAAAUGAUGAUGAAAUGCAGUCAGCCAGAAUGAAAACCAGAGCAGAAAAAGCACGAGACGUGAUCGACACUGUCCGAAGAAAGGGAACUGAAGCCAGCUCAGUUCUGAUCGCCGCUCUCUGUGAGGUGGAUCCAUGCCUUUCCAGAGUGCUCAAAUUAAGAUGAAGCAUAAGCCAGAAAUAGUGGAGUGUGAGGACGAAUCUCUGUUUUACGGUCUCACAUUACUUUUUUGUAUCUUUAAAUUACAAGUUUUUAGCCUUAUCCUUGCAAUCCCAGCAGACAUGGGACAAGACGCCGGGUACAUCCAUCACAGGUCCAAGUCUAUCAAUGGCAUAUGACACAUAGAAAGAACCAGCCAUUCACACUGAUAUCACACUUACAAGCAAUUCAGAGGCGCCUUUUUGUGACUAAGGCAAAAAAAAAAGACAAUGAAAAGAAAGAAAAAAAGAAGGUUAGGAUCAACUCAGCAGUUACUGAUGCUUCUCCAAAAACAUUGAGAAAGACAAACUUUAUGUUGUGCCUUUGUACAUCUCCACUACUUUUUGACGAGUUCUUUAGCAAAUGUGAUGUUGUUACAUGUAGAAUCUUUGUCAACAAAUAAAGUCAGAAAAAGGAAAAUGGAA